AUGGACCCUGUGCCAGUGCCUGUACUAGUUGGUGGACUUAUUGAUUGUGUGGCCCAGUUAAUAAGAAUUGCUGAAGAAAUUUUACGCUUUAUUUCACAAGAGCAGCGAAUUCCUCCUUUACAAGAGAAUAAUGGAGCCGAACAGGCAGAAGCCAAUGCACCUCCUCCAGAUCCUCCAGAUGAAGUCUCGCUACCAGAUCUUGCCAAUUUCUCUGACUUAGAAUCAAUACUUUCACUAAGAGAAGAUGAAGAACUAGUCCUUGAUAUAGAUCAAGCUUUGUUAGAUGCAGGUGAUAUAAAUGAGGAUUUAUUCCCUGAUAUCAGCAAUAAUUUUAGAGAGGAGUAA